AGCAGCACGGCACAGAGCCAUGCCCACCUUUAACACGAGCAACCCAUGGCGCUCGCGCUCGCAGCCUCCAGCCCCGAGGCACACUCGCCCCGCUCCAUCAGCACCGCCUCCCUCAUCCUCGAGCACUCCCACCUCGCGCCCUCGCUCCCCACCAGCGCCAGAGCCCGAGCCAGUCGACGACCGCACUCGCUCCCUCACCGCCCUCGCCCAACUCGCCGCCCGCUUCCACCACCUCCAGCGCGACCUCGCCCUCCCCCCUCCCUCGGCCCUCGUCUUCACCCCAAAGGCCUCGUCCUCUUCCCCCAAGCUCGCCUUCAACCCCGUCAACGCCCCCGUUCACGGCUACGAGGAGGCCCUCACCCGCCUCCUCACCGAGCUCGACGCCGUCGACAGCGCCGGCGACCUCGCCGUGCGCGCUCAGCGCAAGAACCUCGUCACGGCCGUCGAGGGCGAGGCCCAGCGCGUCGAGCGGUGGCGCAGAGAGUGCUUCGACGCGAGGCAGCGCGGCGACGAGGGCCCGCACUGGGUCAAGCAGGGUCGCGAGGGCGACGACCAGGCGCUCGAGCCCGCGAGCGACGCGCAGAGGGCCGAGCGGUCGAGGGCGCGAGACGGGCAGCGUGAGGGCGACAAGGAGCGAUCGGGGAGUGCGUGGGCAGGAGGUCCACCGCCGGUGCAGGGCCACCCAGACACGUCCUCGUCCUCUCGGCGCGAGCUCCCCGGGCAGUUCUACCCCGCUCCCCCCUCGCCCGCCUUUCCCUCCUGGUCCUCUCACACCCGCCAGCACCCCGACCCGCAGCACUACCGCGCCGCGCCCGGCGCCCGCCUGCCUUCCUCCUACGCCUCCUCGCCAACUCGCCGCGACGCCGAGCCGCGCUGGGCACCUCGCUCGAGCGGCGGCGGCGGCGACGGCUCUCACGGCGGCGGCGGCGGCGGCGGCGGGUGGUACUGA